AAAAUGAUUCUCAAAGUUUUUUAAAUUUCACAGUAUUAAAAGUAAAACAAGGUAACUGUCCUGUUGUGUACCAUAUGAAAAAGCAACUUCAGUCACCGCUAACCAACUUCCACAUACAACAGAGUAGUUUCCUCUUGCUAAUGCUAGUGGACUUUCUGUUGCCUCAUAAUUGUAGACAGGACACACCCUUCAAACAUCCACAAAGAUCUGCUGCCUCAUUCUGGCAAGGUUUAAUGGACACUGGAGUUUGGAAGAUCAUGGAUUUCUGCCUUAAAAUAAUGAUAUUUUCACUUUUUUCCAUCUUCAACUGGGCAUAUAAAAUGGAUUCUCUGCCCACCAUUGAAAAUGAAGCUUUCAUCAAAGAGUGUGUUGAUCUUCAUAACAAAUUUCGGUCACAAGUGACCCCCAAAGCCAGUAACAUGAUGCAUGUGAGCUGGGAUGCAGAUUUGGCCAAAGUUGCUAAAGAAUGGGCGCAGAAGUGUAAGUUUGAACAUAACCCUGAUCUGAAUAUCCCCCAAAAGUUGCACCCUACCUUCUCUGCAGUGGGAGAGAAUCUCUGGAUUGGCUCAAUGGGAGCAUUUUCUGAAAAUUCUGCCAUCAAAACAUGGAAUAAUGAAGUAAAAAACUAUAAUUUCCAGAGUAAGAAAUGUACUGGGGUAUGUGGUCAUUAUACUCAGGUGGUCUGGGCAGCUACUUACAAGAUUGGCUGUGCAGUUCAAUUUUGCCCCAAAAUUGCACAGUCUUUCAUUACCAAUGGAGCAGUUUUUGUGUGUGACUGUGGACCAGCAGGAAAUUAUUAUAAUGUGCAGCCCUACAAGGAAGGAGAACCCUGCAGUGCCUGUAAAGAAGAUACCUGUGUGGAUCAGCUGUGUACAAAUCCAAAGCGGGAUGGAGAGGCUGCAAGUCCCAAGCCAAAUGCUGAACAGCAAGCUAAAGACAAAAACUUUCUCUUCUUUUCAUCUUGGUGCCAAUUUUAGUUUUAUAUUCACUAUUAUUCUGAUCAUUGUGGCAAAGCGUCAUUAUGCGAGGUAAAUUAUUUCUGAAUAAAUUUAAUCAAAAGGAAUUAUGGGAUAAUGUCAUCUUUUAAAAUGUCAAAACAAAAGAUUUGUAAUUCAGAAAAGGAAAUCCAAUUAUCAGAUUGCCAAAGCUGACAAAUAGGGAUAAUGACAACUGCUGUAGAGACAUCUGGAAAACAAGUAUAUUGAUGAAGUGUUGAUGGUACAAUGACUUGGUUCAGAUUUCUGAAGAGGAACCUUAGA